ACUUAAAUCUGGAUAGAUAAUAUAGACCAAAAAAAAUGUCAAAUUGUAUUAGAGUAAUCUAUGUUUAUUUAUGUGUAUUUUAAGGUUAUACUUUUCCAAAAUAUGAACUGGAUGUUAUUUAUUUAUUCUGGUAUCUAAGAUGUUACCCUCGAAAGGGUAUUUUAAUGAUAUUGAAUGUCCUUACUUGGAAAAUACAUGUGGUCGUCCUUAUUGCCAUUUCAAUCAUAGGAAAAAACAAUUAGAAAUUGUCAAUGAAAAUGUAUCAGAAAAAUGUAGUUCCCGAGAGAUUCCCUCCUAUAAACCAACCCCAAAGAGUGAAUUAGCAGUAAGAAAAAGUCAUAUACCCAUCAGUUACGUACCAGAUGUUUACAAUGUCGAAAAGUCUACACGUUCUUUCCGAAACAAUGCUUUGAUGGAUAUCAUUUACAAACCAACACCUAUAAGUUUAUUGAAUUCAAAUGUAGAAGGAAGUUCAAAUACUAUUAGUACUCCAAAUACUAGUUUAGAGACCAAAUAUGUUCCAGAAAUUGGAGUAAAGAGUAAAGCAGAAAACAAAAAAAUAUCAAAUGAAAUUGAAGAAAAAGAUGAGUACAAACCUGAAGAGCAAGAAUAUAAACCAUCAGACAAAGGAACUGAAUAUCAAUACAAUCCAUCAUCACAUACAGACAUAAAUGAAGACAGCUUAUCAGAUAUUGUUUAUAAACCAAAUUGGAGUGGCCUGAAUAAUUUAACAAAAGUUGAAUAUACCCCUUCUGUCCGUUCUAAGCAGAAUUCCAGUAUAAAUUUCGAGAAUUUGGAUAAUGAAUUUGAAAUGAUUGAUGAAAUAAUCAAUAUGUCUGAUUAUACUAAACAUGCUGAACAUGUUGAUAAUACUGGAUCAAAAAAAAAACAUAUUGAAAAAUCCGAAAAUGGAUUGACUACAUCUGGUAGUAUUUCAGAAACUGGAAAAACAUCACACUGGCAUGAUAUUCUCACUGAACCCAAAAAUUCAAGGGAUUCCAAUAAUAAAUCUACUUUGAAUGAAAGAGGUAAUAAUUCUCAUAAACAUAAGGAUAAAAAAAAUUAUUCAGAAGAAAGCAAUAAACAAAGUAAAAAAGACAAACAGGAAAAAGCUGUAAGUAAAGAAGAAAAGAAAGAAAGAAAAGAAGGAAAAAAGGAUAGGAAAGAUGAGAAGAAAGAAAAAUCAGAGAAAACUGAUGUAAAAGCAAAAUAUUCCAGUAAAAAUGAUAAAAGGAAAGGUGAAAGUAGUAGAAGUAAAGACAAAGACAAAAAAAUUAAUCAUGAGAAAAAGGUACAAGAAGAAAAGAAAGGAGGUCACAGUUAUUCUGAGAAAGAUUUAGAGAAGGAAUGUAAACGUAAAGAAACAGAAAAUAAAAAAAAAAAUGGUUCCCAUGAUAGUUCUAGAGAGAAAAAUAAAAGCAAACAUUCAAAGAACAAUUCUGGAAAGAAUAAAAAUUAUGACAAGAAAGGAAAAGGACAUACAAAACAUGAGGAUAAAAAGAAAAGGGAAUCAUCUGAUACUGAAAUUCAAAAAUGUAAAUCUGGCAAUAUACCUAAAAUAAAAUCUUCAUCCAUGAACGUUGAUCUGGAUAUUGAUUUGGAAGUUGAUGAAAUGCAAACUAUGGAAGAAUGUUUUAAAAUAUUCAAUGAGUAUAAACCAACAGUUACUCAGGUUGAUGAAGAAGAAAGUAUACUCAAUAAAAAUGAAGUUGAUUCGGUGGAGGAUUUAAUUCUUGCAAAAAAGAGAAUUGCUCAUACUAAUGCCUCUAAUAUGCCAACUAAAAUACAAAAUCCAAAACCAAUUAAUAAGCUUACUCCAGGACAAGUGAUGAAUAAUCGUUUGAAAAUUGUCAAAGCAGCUCAAGCAGAUAAUGAAGAGAAAUUAAUUUCAAAUGAACUAAAGAAAAUUGUUAAACGUCCACAACCUUCUCAAUUCAUUAAACCUGCUAAAAAAAUUAAGCUGAGUGAGGUGAAACCUAUAAUGCCGCCACGAAGUACAUCUUUAAUUGAUGACAUAAUUAAUAGAACCAAUACUAAACCUGUUGUCAAAAAAAUAGCCCCUGUAAGUAAUGUAUUAAAUUUACAGAAGGCUAAAGCAAAUUUAAUGAUAUCAAAUAAUAAUCAAUCAACAGAGCAAUUGGUUAAAACAAUAGCUCAAACUAAUAAAACUGGUAAAAGGCAAGCACAUGUUCCUGAUUACUCUUUGAGCAAUAUUCCUGAUGUAAUAGAUGUAGAUAAAUCUAAAUUACCAGUGAAUGUCCGUUCAAGAUUUCUUACUCUUUUAGCUGAUGAAUGUUGCAAGUUAUAUUUAACACAAAAAGAUGCUUAUAAAAGAGCUUUAGAUGAAGAAUAUAGUUGUUAUCAAAAAUGUAAAGUUCUAGUAACAUAUAGAAAUUCUGCAAUGUUGGCUGUGAAUCGUUUGAGAAAAGAAGUGAAAGAACGAGAAGAAAAGAAUUUAGGUCCUAUAGGUUCUGAUGAAUCCUCACAUGAAAAGCGGGAAGAUUCUGAGAAAAUAGCUCUGUACAAAAAAAUUCAGCAAUAUGUUCUAUCAGAUGAAGAACUAGAUAUCCACGGAUACCCUAGAGAAAGUACAAUUCAUGGAAAAGCUGUGAUUAAAAACUGUAAAGCUACUAGCAUUGUUCCUUUACCAAAAAAUCAGAAAAAAUGUUGUAGGUGUUCUAAAAUAUAUUUAAUUGACGAUGAAGGCAAAGCUAUAUAUGAUGAAGAGUGUAUUUAUCAUCCUUUGAGGAAAAGAACAAUAAGAGGAGAACACAUUUAUUUGUGUUGUAAAACCAGUGAUGAUUCUGGUUGUGCUACGUGUCACACUCACGUAAGUGAAACACCAGAAGAUGCUGAACUUGAAGGAUUUCAAACAACAUUGCCUCCCAAUAGUGACUUUGAUCCUAGAAGUAAUGCAAUUUAUGCAUUAGAUUGUGAAAUGUGUUAUACCACCAAAGGACUUGAACUUACUAGGGUCACAGUUAUCGAUACCAACUGCAAAACCGUAUAUGAAUCAUUGGUUAAGCCAUUAAAUGAUAUUAUUGACUAUAACACUAGGUUUUCUGGUAUCACUAAGCAACAAAUGGAUAGAACGAGUACUGGUAUAUUACAGGUACAGGCGAAUAUUUUACACCUAUGUAAUUCAAAAACAAUAUUGAUUGGGCAUAGUUUGGAAUCUGAUAUGAAAGCAUUAAAAAUUAUUCAUGGAACGAUAGUUGACACUGCUGUCCUAUUUCCUCAUAAAAUGGGUUUACCUCAUAAAAGGGCGCUCAGAACAUUAGCUAGUGAUUAUUUGAAAAAAAUUAUUCAAAAUGAUGUAAGUGGCCAUGACAGUGCAGAAGAUGCAAUAACUUGCAUGGAACUCAUUAAAUGGAAAGUCAAAGAGGAUAGUAAAUUUAGAAUUUAAAAAAAUUGUAUUUAUAAUAUUUAUUUCCUAUUGUACAUUGUAUUUAAGAUUUGGUAAUAAGUUUAAAUUUUCUGAAAAGAUGCUGUUUAAGUUUUUCUCCCAUGUUUAUUUUACAGAAUAAAUUACAGUUUUCCACUUUCUGAA